UAUUCAUUGCGGAAAUUAUUUUAUUCACAAACGAACAAUUUUACCAUUGCCUUUCUCUUUAGUUUUGAAGAAACUACCAUAUUGAACAUAUUUAUCCAUCCAUUCAUUCACGUUAAUAUCUUCUAAAAUAUCUAAAAGUACCAGACAGUCUGUAAGGUGACACAUCAACGGGUUGUAUUUGAUGAGCAGGGAACUCUCCCAGUUUCCCACCCGACGGCAUGUAGGAAAGCGCAGCAGGAAGACAGAAAUGAACCCGGGCUUCCUCAUAUCGCUCUUUCUCUUUUCAAAAACACCAUUUAAGUAACAACUUACAACACGCAUCACUUUACAGCGUUUAGUUACUUUUCUAAAGGUGAACUUCUCUCAAGUUAGUCCCGAAAGAUCCGGAUGUCUCCUGUUUUCUCAAAAAGGAGUGAAUGAAAGAAAAGCGAAACUCGUGGAGUGUUGGAACCCAUGGCACAGACUAUUGUCUAAGGUCAAUGGAGAGCUUUUGGUGGACGUGCACACAUUGACCUGUAAGCAGGAAGACUGAAGAUAAGCCAGUGAGGUGACUGUUACUCUUUUGCCUUCUAACCGUCCAGAAAUCAAGACAAACAGUGUUUUCUUCUGACAUAACCUGAACAUUAACUAGGAUGACAUCUGAGGAAGAGGAGGCCUCAAACAGCAACAAUGACCAAUCAAAAAGCAGACUGAAGAGCAAGAAGCCGCCUAGUCUGAUGAUCACCGUUCCAAACCCUGAGCAAGACAAAAAGCCCCUGCAGCUGUCCUUUAAGAAGAGUGUGCAUUUACAACAGUCGAUUGAAGGGUUGUCAGACAACAGUCCAUCUGCAGUGGACAGGAGAACAGUGUUCAGGAGACAGACUUCUCUUUCUCAGAGCAUACGCAGGGGUACAGCUCAGUGGUUUGGAGUUGGCAGUGGCUGUGAAUCUAAGCAGCAGGAAUGGCACAGGAAAAGUCUCCGGCACUGCAGUCAAAGGUACGGCAAGCUGAAGCCCCAGUAUUGCGAGCAGAAUGAGGCAGCCACUAUGAACUAUGAUCCAGAGUCACCUGUGGCCCCCAGAUUGCCAAAGAUUGUGGAUCCUUUGGCUCGUGGACGGCAGUUCCGUUAUGAAGAGUCCGAGGGACAGAGGACGGCCCAUACAACUCAGGCUCCUUUGACACCAUGUGGUACCUCUCUCUGCUCAUUUACAAGCCAGCACUCUGGCUACACUUGUUUACCAAGGAGAAAAAGAGAAUCUGUGGCUCGGAUGAGCCUUCGUGCUGCCUCCAACCUGCUCAAGGGUCGACAGGGUCUACAGGGCGCUCCGUUUGGACGUGGAUAUCAGAGGAGGAGUUUUGCUCAGCACAGCUGGCUUGAAGAAGACACUGUGGACAUGGCAGACACCUCUGAUUCAGUUUUCUUUAGCAAAGUGGAUGUCCAUGAUGAGCUUUAUUCCAUGGCAGAUGAUGUCUUUGAGUCGCCCCCUAUUUCAGCAUCUCACCCCAUGGGAGAUGUGUUUUUGGGCGAGGGAAUGUCAUUCUCCAGCUUGGUGAAAAAGGAUCUCCCUAAAGGUGUGACCCCUUUUGAAAGAGCCUCUCCCCGCCGUGGCCGUCGAAUUGCCUCUAAAGUCAAGCAUUUUGCGUUUGAUAAGCAGAAGCGUCAGUAUGGAAUGGGUGUGGUGGGCAAGUGGCUGAACCGACACUAUAGACGCAGCCUUAGCAGCCAAGUGCAGAAACAGCUGGAUGACUUUAACAGCCAUCGGCCGUAUUUUACCUAUUGGAUCACCUUUGUGCAUAUUGUCAUCACUCUGCUGGCCUGCAUUACAUAUGGAUUUGCUCCUGUGGGCUUUGCCCAGCACUCUACCACUCAGCUGGUACUGAGAAACAAAGGAAUCUAUGAGAGUGUGAAAAAUGUGCAGCAGGAGAAUUUCUGGAUCGGUCCUCGCUCUGAGGAUCUAAUCCACUUGGGAGCUAAGUUCUCUCCGUGUAUCAGAUGGAACAGUCAAAUAGCGAAACUAGCAGUGCAAGCCAAAGAUCUGGAGAGAGAGUCUGGCUGCUGUGUUCAGAACGAUGGUUCUGGAUGUGUACAGACCCAGAGAGACGACUGCUCAGAGACUUUAGCAUCAUUUAUAAAAUGGGACAAACAAAAUGUAGACAUGGUGAGAUCUUCAGGUGCAGUGUGCCAUCAGGACCCAAGGGUUUGUGAAGAGCCAGCCUCAUCUGGACCCCAUGUUUGGCCUGAUGACAUCACAGAGUGGCCGAUCUGUACGUUCCCUCAGACAUUGAACCACACAGGAUACAGACACAUGGACUGUACACUCAAGGGCAGACCAUGCUGUAUUGGAACUAAAGGACGAUGUGAGAUUACCACUCGAGACUUUUGCCAUUUCAUGCGUGGAUAUUUUCAUGAGGAAGCCACACUCUGUUCACAGGUCCACUGCCUGGAUGAUGUGUGUGGGUUGCUGCCAUUCCUGAACCCCAGUUCACCGGAUCAGUUCUAUAGACUGUGGCUCUCCCUCUUUCUUCAUGCUGGCUUGCUACAUUGCCUGGUGUCAGUGAUCUUCCAGAUGACCAUCCUUAGAGACAUGGAGAAACUGGCAGGCUGGUUACGCAUUUCCAUCAUCUACAUUUUCAGUGGUAUUACAGGAAACCUGGCCAGUGCCCUGUUCCUGCCCUAUAGAGCAGAGGUUGGUCCAGCAGGGUCUCAGUUUGGUUUGCUAGCCUGUCUGUUUGUGGAGCUGUUCCAGGGCUGGCAAAUGCUGGAAAAGCCAUGGAAGGCCUUCCUCAAACUGUUAGGAAUUGUUAUCUUCCUUUUCUUCUGUGGCCUUCUGCCCUGGAUUGACAACAUUGCUCACAUCUUUGGCUUCCUUAGUGGUCUCCUCUUGUCCUUUGCUUUCCUUCCAUAUGUCACAUUUGGCACUUUCGACAAGUACCGCAAACGAGCUCUUAUUUUGUUGGCGCUGCUUGUUUAUCUGGGGCUAUUGGCUUCACUUAUUGUCUGGUUCUACAUUUACCCUAUCAACUGGUAUUGGCUAGAGCAUCUUACCUGCUUGCCCUUUACCAGUAAGUUCUGUGAACGCUAUGACAUUGAUCACAUGGUACACUAGCUUUGUACCUUGUAGCCUAAUACUUAGGGGACUUUUAGGGUAUGAAAAUGGAGUCCCUACAAAGGAAACAUUGAGGAAGACAGAGGAACAAUUGUUAUGCUAAAAUUCAACACCAUUUGAUCCUCUUAAGAGGAAUAAUUGUAUUUGUUUUUCAUAGCAUUUCUGAAUUGUUUGCCCUUUGGAUUGUAUACAGUUAAACAAUUUGUUGUUACUGAAGCCUGUACUGUAAACUGUUGCCAUUACAAUACCUUAAAAUGUUUUGACUCUAAAUGUGCUUUCAAACUGUUGUAUGUCCAAACAGUAAGCUUUAUUCUAUAUUUUUCAUAUGUUCUUAAACUUUUAAAGACAUUUGUAAAUUAACUUUUUAUUUUCUUGUAUCAUUUCAUGUGCUUGUAGCUUUUAUACCAACAAUAAUGAAAUGGUGUGACUACUGUUCAAGGUUCAUUAGCUUCAUUACCUCAGUUUCUACUUAAAGUGUCUACUUUCUGCUCCUACCGGUUUCAAAUGCUUUUGUUCUGGUCCAUAAUCAGUGCAUCAUCUUUUACAACUUGUGCCUUAAAGGACUAUUCUGGAUUAAAUACAAGCAUCUGUGGCAUUUUGCUGAUCACUCUAGAAAAUAAUUUCAACUCGUCCUUUGAAAAAAAAAAAAAAGCUAUGUUAACAGUUAUU